CGAGUCUUUUGGUCUUCAUUGCAGACCGCGCUAGUAACAACCCCUCACUAGGGGGCAGAAGAAUGACUCAGCAAGGGGAGAAGUUCGUAUUUACUUACUUCCGGGGUAUAAUCUCAAAGUGAGGCCCAUUUGCGUAAUCAUUAGGUUAACAGAUACCAUCAAAUCCAGAUCAGGCGUCUGCCUGUUUAUCCCCACGGCAAUAAACAGGCCUCAUUUUAUAGUCGCGCGAUCGACCGCUGGCAAGGAAACAUUAGCAGGUGCUCCCGCGGAAGACGUUUUUGCUCUUUUGCGAUGGGCUCUAAAGUCUCAGUGGAUGAUUCGGUGCGCGUGGUGAUAGUCGGAGGGGGCUUUGGCGGCAUUGAAGCGGCCCACCAGCUAAAGUAUUGGGGGAUCCCCUUCCUCCUCGUGGACGUGAGGGAUGCCUUCCACCACAACGUUGCUGCGCUCCGUGCCGCCGUCCAGAGUGGAUUUGCCAAGAAAACCUUCAUCUCCUUCUCUGCGACCUUCAGAGAUAGUUUCCAGCAGGGUCUGGUAGUUGGAAUUGACUUGGAGAAAAGGCACGUCCUGUUGAAUGAUGGAGAAGAACUCUUCUUUUCUCACCUGAUCAUUGCCACAGGAAGUGAUGGGCCUUUCCCUGGGAAAUUUGGCAAACCCAUUGACAUGCAGUCUGCUAUUCAGACCUAUGAGGACAUGGUUAAGGAGGUUGAAAAAGCUCCCCGCAUAGUAAUUGUGGGGGGUGGUUCUGCUGGUGUCGAAAUGGCUGCUGAGGUUAAGACAAAGUAUCCCGCCAAAGAGGUCACCCUCAUACACUCAAAAAUGGCAUUGGCAGAUGCAGUAGUGCUCCCCAGAGUUCAACAGGAGGUGAAGGAGUCUCUUAUACAAGAGGGGGUACACCUCUUGUUGAGUCAGAAAGUUAAUAACCUGGAUUCACUGACUUUAAACAACUUCAAAGAGAACAUGAUAGUGAAGACAGACAACGGCACAGAGAUUGUAACUGAUAUGGUGAUUCUCUGCACUGGAAUAAAAGUCAAUUCCUCAGCAUACAGCAGUGCAUUCAGUAACAAGCUGGCAAGAAAUGGUGCUUUGCAAGUGAAUGAGUACCUUCAAGUUAAAGGAUAUGAUAACAUUUAUGCCAUAGGUGAUUGUGCUGAUGUAAACGAGCCAAAGAUGGCAUACCAUGCUGGGCUCCAUGCAGGUGUUGUGGUGACCAACAUCAUCAAUAGCCUAACACAGAAACCUCUGAAAGCCUAUACACCUGGAUCACUCACCUUCCUAAUUUCCCUGGGAAGAAAUGAUGGAGUGGGCCAGAUCAGCAACUUCUAUGUGGGGCAUCUUUUAGUAACUGUUGUCAAAAGCAAGGACCUUUUUGUCUCAAAAAGCUGGAGGAAGAUGGAUCAGAGUAUGCCUUACUAGAUAGAAAUUAAAGCUUAAAAAAAAAAAAAAAAAACACCCGUCCAUUCAAAGCUACACUUUUUUUUUUUGCACUGGUGCUGUCACUUCUGCAUCUCUUCUUGCCAGCUCCCCUACUUUCUAUAAUAUGUUUAGUACAUCUCACCCAAAGCUAUAUUUCACAUUGGACCUUGGGGUUCUAUUUUUAUUUGGCUCACGAGCUGUAAUGGAUUCUGUAAGAAACAAAGUUGUUGAAUUAAAAGAAAAAGCAAGCUA